CCUCUCCACUCCUUCGAAAGCUCCACAAUCGAAGAUGGGUCUCUACAUCCGGAACGCCCAUGUCGAGAACCUCUCCAAGUAUCGUUACAGCGGUCUCGACAAAUCCCUUCUCUCACAAUAUGUCCUACGACCCUACUGGCGCCGUCUCGUCGAGCUCUUCCCCACCACCGUCGCUCCCAACGUGAUCACCUUGACCGGCUUCGCAUUCGUCAUCAUCAACUUCAUAACGCUCCUCUACUACACCCCCGACCUCCAAACCGAAUGUCCCCGCUGGGUCUACGCAUCCUGGUCCCUCGGCCUCUUCCUCUACCAGUCCUUCGACGCAAUUGACGGCAUGCAAGCCCGCCGCACCGGAACCUCGGGCCCAUUGGGCCAAUGCUUCGAUCACUGCUGUGACGCAAUGAACACCACGCUCGAAUGUAUCCUCACCGCCGCCGCACUGGGGUUAGGUCAGAGUUGGGCUACAGUCGCGUGUCAAUUCGCGACACUGUGUAAUUUCUAUUUGAGUACGUGGGAGGAGUGGCACACCGGCACCCUCUACCUCUCGUAUUUCUCCGGGCCUGUGGAGGGGAUCGUGAUGGUUACCAUUUUCUACGGGCUUACCGCGCUGUUCGGACCGUCGCUCUGGGCGCAGAAUAUGUGGGAAGUACUUCACCUCCCCGCACCGACAUUCCUUCCCUCGCCAUUCUUGGAGAUGACACUCCAACACUCGUUUUUGGUUUUCGGCGGAAUUGGAUUAGUCGGUAAUGUCCUCGCCUCAGCCUCAAACGUUCACGCCGCCCUCCGCGCUCAAAAGAGACCCUUCCUUCCCGCCCUCGCCGGUCUCCUCCCCUUCUUCGGUACCUCCUUCCUCGUCUACGUCUGGCUCUCCGCCCGCCCCGAACUUGUCACCGAACACCUCGUCACCUUCAUGCUCUUCAUCGGCGCAGUCCUGGCAUACAUGGUCGGGCUCAUGAUCAUCUCCCACGUUUCCCACCAGUCCUUCCCAUAUUUCAACAUCCUCCUCCUCCCAAUCAUCUACGCCUCCCUCGACUCCACCAUCCUCCCCCUCCUCUUCUCCGUCCCCUCUACCAUCUCCGCCUCUAACUCCGCCCUAUACGUCUUUGCGUGUUUGGGAGUAGCGGUCGGCGUAUAUGGGAGUUUCGUGAUGGAUAUUUGUACGACGAUGUGUGAUUAUUUCGGGAUUAGGGUGUUGAGCACGAAGAAGAUUCCGGGGUUCAAAAAGUUGGGGAAGGGUGAGAGGGGGGAUUGACUAUAUGGUAGAGCUAGGGCCGAUACGGAGGAGAGAAUUGGGAGUCCUGUGCCGGUGGAGAAGAUGG